AUGGCGAGAAACCCGAUCUUCUACUGCUGCCUGGUCGCUGCCGUUGCUGUUUCGGCGCAAGCCGCGCCGCAAGACAAGCUGGACAACUUAGACGUGGACGAGAUCCUCAACAGCGACCGCCUCCUGAAAUCCUACAUCCAGUGCAUGCUCGACGCAGACGACGGAAAGUGCACUGCAGAGGGAAAGGAGAUCAAAAGCAGGCUGCCGAAAGUGUUCGCGACGGGAUGCGGGGACUGCACGCCUAGCCACCUGGAGAGGGCUGUCAAGGCGCUGAAGCACAUCACAGACAAGUACCCUGCAGAAUGGGCCAAGCUGAAGGCCAAGUUCGACCGAACGGGCGAGUACACGAAGCAGCACGCUGAGACAUGGAAGCAGAUCGGCGUCAGUGUCUGA